UUCUUCCUUCUGGUUUUGCCUUCUUCCUUCAUCAUCUCUUCUUCAAUUAGUUCAGUCCACAUCAACUGCUUGGAAUUUUAAUUUGAGCAAAGGAUGGCCGACGCCGGCGAAGAUUUCUCUCAAUUUGAUAUAUCAAAAGAGGAAAUAGAGAAGCUUGUUGCGGAAGUGGUCCGCUAUGUCAUCUUCAAAACGCAUCAGAACUCGGGAUGUCCGAUUAAAAGAGAGGAGCUUGUUCAGUUGGUUACGAAAAACUAUUCGCAGCGUAAUCUUCCUGCUUUUGUGAUUAAUGCUGCCAAAGAUAAGCUCUCAUGCGUUUUUGGCUAUGAAUUGAGAGAGCUUCAACGGGCUCGUCCUUCCUCAGCAAAUCUCAGCCGACCUUCUCAAAACAGUGUUGCUGACCCAAAAUCCUAUAUUCUUGUAAGUCAGCUCCCGCCAGAGGUGUACAAGAGAUAUGUUGAAGAUGUAAAUACAGCACAUCUAACUGGUUUUAGGUUUGUUAUAGUUAGUAUUGUGCAUCUUGCUGGAGGCAAAAUCCCUGAAGAAAAUCUUUGGCGUCAUUUGAAGCGUAUGGGAUUAUGUGAAAAUGAUGUAAACCAUCCGGUAUUCGGAAAUAUCAAGCAGGCAUUGGAGACACUGGUCCAGCAGAGAUAUUUGCAGAAGGACAAGGUAAAUGGCCCUGAAGGUAAUACAAUGUUUUACGAGCUUGCUGAGAGAGCUCUAGAUGCACCAGUUAGAGAGAAAAUAAAAGAACACAUAUCACAGAUUGUUAAUGUAGACAACAAUGUUGUCCAUGUGGAUGCCCACUAGUGUCCUACUGCCAGUUUGACUUAGUGGAGACAUAGGAUUUUGAAGUUUUUGGACUCUUGAGAAGGCUAGCAACCUAUAUAGGAAUUCCUGGUUGAUGAGCAUUCUGAGCCAACUGGGGGAGGCAGCAACUGAAUCACCAGUCCCACCUCUAAUCUUGAAUAUUAUGAAGAUUGCUGCAUUGGACAGACUUAGUAGCAUCUACUAAUUGUAUUUAGAUAGUUCAGGAAUUAAUGUUUAAACAGACAUGAAGAUAUUCUGUGCCAAUGUGAUGUUUUCAGAAGUCAACGGAGUUUGAUAUCAAA